AGGAGAUGAAAGGAGUGCAGGGGUCACCGCCUGAGCGCUUUUCGAAUUAGGAAGAACCCUGUGGUCACUUCUGUGGUCCUUAAGAUACCUCUGUGAACGUGAAAACCCUGAAGGGUUAGUAAAACAGGAGAACAAAAGGAAAACAGCAUGGUCUUCUCCUGUGACAGCGUAUGUAAAGUCCCAGCGCAGAGCCAUUUGACAGCUGAUAAGAUAUGACUCAGCUAAAGUCAGUGGAUUAGCACAGCAGGGAAAUUCCAAGUCGCGACUUCUUUAAAUACACGGCACUUCACUAAAGAGGCUUGCAUCUGCCGGACGGACUGCGUUCGUCGCGCUCAGUUUUGUGUUAACUCGUUUCAUUUAUUUAUUUAUUUAUUUUAUUAUUUUUAGCUCUUCGUGUUUGGUCUUUUUGAUCAUUUUAAUUAGUUUUGUUCGGUGAAGGCCUGCUAAAGAGAGUCAGGCUUUACAUUCUUUAGUCACGGAACAGGACUUUAUUUGCAGUUGUGGAGGAUUUUUCUCUUAAAAGUUUACUAUGGUUGCUCUGGUCACUGGAUUAUUACCUGUGGAUCUAUCUUCUUCAUCGGGUUUGCUAUGCUGCUCGUGUGGCUUCCUUCUAAUUCGGCCAAAACAGACAGUUUGUGGACACCGAUACUGCGAGUCAUGUGCGGCUUCGUUAUUUCUGGAAUCAGAAACUGGCAAAUGUCGUGUGUGUGAAGAGAAGAUUCUGAAAUCACAGGUGUUCUUUGAUAAAGCAGCCGAGAAUGACAUCUCCAAAACAGACAUUAUAUGCCCUAAUAGUUCACGUGGCUGCAGCUGGAAGGGGAAGUUAAAAGCCUACCUGACCUCUCACGACAAAGAAUGCAAGUAUGGCCUAGAGCCCUGCUCAAAUGCCAAUUUCGGCUGUGAGUUUACUGGCACCCAAAAGGAACUUGUGCAGCAUGAGAGUCAGCACUGUGCCUGGAGGAUGGUUUACUGCAACCUUUGCAGCACUUUAGUGGCCUACAGCCUUCUGCAGGAACACAUCCUAAACUGCCCACAGAACAAAGCAUUGUUUGUUGAAAUACUAAAACCUCGGAGUACAGCCUCAGAGGUAAACCCGAAGAGUGAAACUUGUGACAAAGAUAAAGGAUGCUGUCCUUUUGAAAAAGUUGGAUGUUCUGAAAAGCCCAAAUCUAUGGUUGAUCAUUUACUCACCAGCUAUCCUGACCACCUCUUGCAAGUCCUCUCUGCAAUCUCCAACUUGGAAUGUCGCUUGAACCGAGGUGAAGAAAUCAACACUGCUUUCAAAAAAUUAGUCAUGGGCAAGCUGGUGACUGUUAACAGCCUGAUUACAUCUCAUAAGGAGCUGGAUGGGGAGGAAAAUAUACCAAAGUAUACAGACCAACACCAUGAGGAAAACCAGACACUGAAGAAGCUCAUCUCUGUGUUGAGUGAAGACCUUUCUACCUGUAGUCGAGCAGUGGAAGAACUCCAGAAGAGGUGUCUGGCCUAUGAGAAGACCAUUGUUGAGCUUCAAAGUCGCACACAACAUCCCUCGAGCCCCCUUGCCUCAGAUAAUGGUAUUCUGAUUUGGAAAAUUGAGGGAUUUUCAGCAUGUGUUAAGACCUCUUUGUCCCAGAGUAGGAGCACUCCUUAUUCUCUCUAUUCCCCCGCUUUUCUCUCCCACCCAUUUGGCUACAAGCUGUGUUGCAGACUCUACCCUGGUGGUGAUGGCAUGGGUAAAGGCACCCAUGUGUCACUUUUCCUCUCAGUUAUGAAAGGAGACUUUGAUGACAUACUGCCUUGGCCAUUCAAGCAGAAGGUCACUUUCAUACUGUUGGAUCAGUCAGGUGCUGGUCAACAUGUGAAAGAGACAUUCAUACCAGACCCUCUAAGUGGAUCAUUCCAAAAGCCAAAAACCUCAAUAAAUGUGGCAAGUGGAUGUCCACAGUUCAUCAAGCAUUCAGUGCUGUUCAGUCCACAGAGUCAAUACCUCAAAAAUGACGUUCUGUACCUGAAAGCUAUAAUCGAUAAAAACGGAAUUAUGCUGUAGACAUCUGAGACUUUGAUUCAAGUGAUGAAAAGUUUCUGAUUCUCACCAUGCCAAAGCAGCCAGCCUGGAAAUCAUGCUGCUCCUGUAAGCACUUAACCAGGCCUGGAGCCAGCUUUAGUGCGGCCACUAGGUGACGUCGGGCGGCCACGUGAAAUCAUCAAUGUCCAUGAAGCAAUUGCACUUUACAGACUGGAAAUUAGAAAUAUGCUGCUAUUUAUAAAAAAGAGGAUACAUCUUCACAGACAACUUAUCAAAAAUAUUUGAAAUCUACGAAAGGGAAAAAAUAAAGGACAACAUCAGGAAAAUAUUCAGUUCACCUGAGUUCCAAGACAGCAAUCUAAAGAAAUCUUUGUCUGUUUCAGUUUUCUCAGUCUGUUAUUCCUUUCCCAGUUAAGUCGUACAAUGCAUUAGAGAGAACAAAGUAAAUGAAGAGUCCUGGAGCUCUGUCAUGACUGACAUGCUGUACUAGCAGAUUUCAUAGUUAUAAAUUGUUUUUUUUCUGAGAAUCUGACUUAACCCCAUUUAUAUGUUUAUGGGAUGUUUGCAACUUACAGCUGACAAUUGUUUAGAAUUAAAAAUUUUUACAUAUUAUUAUUAUUAUUAUUAUUACACAAAGCAUAGAAUAUUGUAUUUCAUAUACUUUUCCCAUAAAAUGGUAUAAAAUCACUUGAUGGCUUAAAAAUAAGUUCAUAUGCUAUUUGCUAAUAACGCAAAAAUCCCUGAUGUUCAUAUUUAAAGCUUUCACCACUUAUGCUACAAUUUAUAUGCUACCUGUUAAUUAUGUUUAAGAUGUUUUUUAGUUAUUUUUUUACCAUUAGCUCCAGUGGAAUAACUAUAACUAAAAAGCCUAUGAAAAAAAUUCUCAGCACCCUUACCUGUGAAGUGAGCUCAUUCACGCUAAAAUUUAAUUGGAAAGCUACUGAAAACUGAGGAGACGACGACCAAAGCUCUUUUCAGCUACUGUUUCAUAAAUACAGUUGAAAGUAAAUGUUCGUCCUCUUCUUGUCAUGUGUAAACAUACCUGAGAAACACUACCAUCUAAAAGAUUAUCAGAAAUGAUAAUGUUAAAUGAUAUUGUGCUCUUUAGUUUUGAUACAAGAUUAAAAUUAGCUUAAAAAACUAUUUGAUGCUUUAGGGAGUUUGUGUUUCCCAGGGCACCUUGUACAUGACACCCUGGCCUUAUGGCAUUUGACCAUUUAUGCCACUCUAUGCAGUGAUCAAAGAAAAUCUAGUAUAAAUUUAAAAUAAUUUAAAAUGAGAACAUGAAUGGGUCUGUUUACUCCAUCUAAAAAAAUUAAUUAAACAAAAUUUUAGUUAAUCAAUUUCUGUGGAAUCCAAUGGGCUGCAAAGAACUAAAAUAUAAAACUUUGCUAAAUCAAAUUAAGAACCCCAUUUGUGUAUAGAACAUGAAGUACUAAAGACAAUGUGAUGUAGUGUUUAGUGUAAUUCUAUAAUUUGUCUGCCUAUUUGGAGACCAAAAAAUUUUACAAAUCACGGACAGGAAUAAAAUGGCCAUAAGCAAUAAUGCAAAACAAAAAAGGCCCCAUUUAUUUAAAUUGUGAAUUUUCAGACCCUGUUUGUUUUCUUUCUUCUGCAUUUGUGUGUUUUAAUUUGUGCUCCUUUGUUCACUGCAUGUGGAUUAACAUACUUUUUAUUUAUAUUUGAGUAUGUUUAUUGCACUGAGGCACCCAUUCAGAUUUCUUACUCGGGAAACAAAAUUCCUGCACAGGAUUGUAGGAUGGAGUGCUUGGAUAUCAAUCACCAUCUUUAGUAAAUUUGUUUUAAUGUCUUAUUAGUGUACAUGAUUCACCAAUGUUACAAUAAUGAUGAUGAUGUGCUGCUAUAGAGAACAUGUAGGUGACAAUGCAAGUUGUAAGAGUCAGUAUUUGGGCAAAGUGAGGAGUACCACAUCUGUGAUUUACUAAAAAUUAAACUGUUGUUUGUGUGUGUGAGUGGGGGUUUGGCUAUCCAAGACACUAUAAGGUUACGUCAAUUUCUCUGUCAAUAUUUUAUUGCUUGGAUUGAUUAUUAAGUUCAGAUUCCAAAAGUGAUGUGAAUUGAGCCUAAAGGAAAAUUUUUUGGGGGGCUAAUUAUUCAGAUUUUUGUUAAUGUUUUGUUUUUGUUUCAUGAUACAAUGUGCUUUGGGUGUUAAAAGUUAUUGAUGUUAUUUGCACAUACCUAUUUUAACAACAUACCUCAUUUUUUAUUUAAAGAUGCUUCAAAUUCAAUGUGAAUUAUAAUAAAUAUAUUUAAUUAAAAGUUGAAA